AUGACUGUCAGUCGAGUCGCUGCCUGCCAUGUCUCCCCCGUCUUCCUCUCGGCCAGAAAGACCACCGACAAGGCCAUCAACCUGAUCCACGAGGCCGCGCGUGAUAAAGCCCAGCUGGUCGUCUUCCCCGAGACGUUCAUCCCCGCAUUCCCAGUCUGGAGCGCCCUGCGUGCACCCACCGAGAACCACGCCCUCUUCCAGCGCAUGGCCAGCGAGUCCAUCUACGCCGACGGGGACGAAAUCAACGCCAUCCGAUGCGCCGCCCAAGAAACAAACACUCUGGUCAGCGUGGGCAUCUCCGAAAAGUCCCGCUUCAGCACCGCAACCCUCUACAACUCGAACCUCCUCAUCGACCAUACAGGCGCAGUCCUCACGCACCACCGAAAGCUAAUGCCCACCUUCUUCGAGAAACUCACCUGGAGCCCGGGGGACGGACACGGCCUACGCGUCUCGCACACAGCCCACGGGAACAUCGGCAACCUGAUCUGCGGCGAGAACACCAACCCGCUUGCUCGGUACUCGCUCAUGGCACAGGCCGAGCAGAUCCAUAUCUCGACCUGGCCGGCGAUCUGGCCGACGAGGAUUCCUGAGGCUUCGGGGGGUGGAGCGAACUACGAUAAUGUCGCAGCGAACCGCACUCGUGCUGCAGCGCACUGCUUCGAAGCAAAGUGCUUCGGUGUUCUAUGCACGGGUUUCCUCGAUGGUGAGGCAAUCAAUACCAUCACUGCAGGCGCAAGUAACGAGGAAUCCGUCCGGGGUGCCCUUGAGCGCUCUCUCCGCGGUGCAUCCAUGUUUCUUGACCCGACUGGAGCAUUGCACCCGGCAUUUACAUUUUCUGACACCGGGGAGCAGCAGGAAAAGGAAUUCUUGCAGCACGAGGAGGGCAUAAUCUAUGCAGACUUGGACUUGGAGCGGUGCGUUGAGGGGAAGCAGUAUCACGAUGUGGUGGGUGGAUAUCAGCGGCUGGAUGUCUUCCAGUUGCAGGUCAAUCGGACUCGGUCGGAUCCAGUUGUUUUCAGGGAUGACACAGUGAAGGAGGAUACUAGGCUAGUUACAAAGGAUGAGUAA